AUGCCUCAGCACCAUCGUGCCCAUGGCGAGGACUUCACUCAAGAUCUUGCGAACAUCGAUAGCAGCUCCGCCACUGACUCAACAGAUUCUGAUGGUGACGAGUCCAACAAUGAUACAGAUUUACUGCAAGUUCAGACCGCAAUUGCAGCACCUCCUCUUAAUGCAUCUGCUGAAGGAAAGUAUCGGGAGGCUCUGAAGAAGAACGCUCUUCUCGAGGCCACACUUUCAAAAGGCCGGAAGACGAAGCUUACUAAUAAAGACCUUGCGCUCGCCGCUAAGGAAGAUAUCAUCAAGAACUAUGGGUGCAAGUUUUCUGUAACACACUGCCUCUGGGUUGAGACCACCAUUUUUCCCUUGCGCACACCACCUCCCAAUAUUGAUCUCACGAGCAAAGAGCAGUGGCUCUCUCCGAUGUCAAUUCAGGAUGGUGUUAAAGCCGAGCUCUUUCGUUUCAUUCUGCCUGCGGACCAUGGCAUGAUGGCCCAUAAGAACUUCAGUUCUCAUUUUGUCAAAGGCAUCAAUAGUGUUCACGUGGAAAUGGUUUCAGAUGUCAAGUCCUGCGCAGCUGCCAUUUUCAAUCUUGAUGCAAAGUUCUUCAUAUGA